AUGAUAACAUUCGGCAACUAUGUUGGCGAUUUUGAUGAAGGUGACGAUGAUGACGUUGAUGACAAUGAUAAUGACGAUGACGAUGACGAAGACGAUGAUAAUAAUGACGAUGUCGAUGACGAUGACGAUGACGAUGAUGAUGAUGAUUAUGACAAUGAUGAUUACAAUGACGAUGACGAUGACGUAGAAGAUGACGAUGAUGACGAUGACGAUGUCGAUGACGAUGAUGAUGACGAUGUCGAUGACGAUGACGAUGACGAUGACGAUGACGAUGACGAUGUCGAUGACGAUGACAACGACGUUGACAAAUUUGAUGAAGAUGACGAUGAGGACGUUGAUGACGAUGAUGACGACAAUGACGAUGACAAUGAUGAUUACGAUGUCGACGAUGAUGAUGACGAUGUAGAUGACGAUGAUGAUGACAAUGACAAUUUCGAUGACGAUAACAACGAUGUUGACAAUUUUGAUGAAGAUGACGAUGAGGACGUUGAUGACGAUGAUGAUUACGAUGUCGAUGACGAUUAUGACGAUGACGAUGACCAUGGUGAUAACGAUGACGAUGACGAAGACGAAGACGAUGAUGAUGAUGAUGACGAGGAUGAUGACGAUGUCAACGAUGUUGACGAUUACGAUGAUGAUGACGAUGAUGAUGGAGACGAUGUCGAUGACGAUGAUGUUGAACAUUACGAUGAAGAUGACGAUGAUGACGACGACGACGAUGAUGAUGAUGAUGAUGACGAUAAUGAUGACGAUGAUGAUGACAACGAUGUUGACGAUUACGAUGAACAUGACGAUGUCGACGUUGAUGACGAUAAUAGUGACAAUGACGAUGACGAUGACGAUGACUGUUAUUAUUAA